GGUUUGGUUCCAGAAUUGUCGCGCAAAAGAUAAGAAGUCACGCAACCAACGUUUUUCCGCAGUUUCAGAUGAUAGUAACUAUGAGGAUGCUUCACAAAUUAACAGAGAUUUUGGGGUACUACAUAAAAACAUAUCGAAAUCUACCAAACCAUACGGUAAUAAAGAAUGUAUAAACUUCCUAGCGGAUGGUCAUGUGACUAUAAAUACCAAUACUGGAAUGGGGUUGGAAGAUUGUAAUUUUUUCCAGCUCCCACAAGUGAAUAUUCCGCAGCAUGCUUUUUCUAUGCAGCACAUAUGUAAAGUGAACAAUUUUUUGGAGCAAACUUCAACUGAUUCCAAAGUUACUAUUGAUAUGGAAAGCAACGUAAAUGAAUCCGGCAGAGAAGAGUAUUUUAACGAAUCUGAUGACUUGCAAAAACCUAUUGCAGAUGGAUAUGACAAAAAAAUAUACAAAAUAAAUAAUUCACCUGAUGUGAACAGUAAGCAAGCAGAAGUUACUGUAGCAAAAAUCAUGCCCGAUAUGACCACCGGAGAUCGGCUUUGCACGUUUACGAGAAUUUACGGGGAACUCAAAUUAAAUAAUGCAAUGAAACAAGCUCUCGGUCAGCAUAGAGAUAACGUGAAGUAUAGUGAAUUGGAAUUGAUGAAUAAUCAAAAUAUCAAUGACUUCAGCAUGUCAUCUAAAUCUAAUCAUGAUAUUCGACACAAAGACCAGCAACAAUAUUAUCCUCAACAAAUGACAAAUCUAAUUUCAAGAACAAAAAUUAAUGAUAGGCAAAAAAAAAAUGGUGGUAAUGGUAGUAAAAGUGAAGCACGUGAGGAUAACCAAGUGUGUUACAAUAAAUGCAGCAGUAUUGUUAAUCACAAAAUAAUUAACAAAUCAAAUUACAUUUGUGAUAACGAACAAAGCAGUAAAAGUUCCUAUUUUCAAACGAAUGCACAGGUUGCGACAUGUCUGAGUGAGAGUGAUGUUAAUGAUAAUUAUGACGACAAGGAUAGUAAUGAUGGUAACUAUCAAUAUCUAUAUGAUAAUACGGAUAUUGAAAAACGUUUAAAGAGAUAUGACUCAAUAACAACAAACAACAACAGUAAUAACAGCACAUCAUCUUCAUUGACAACGUCUGAAAAACCGUGUACGAAUCUAAAAAGUUCUCAUGUUAAAUUAAUUAAUUGUAGUAAAAUAACCGCUUCGGGUGGCAAAUAAUUCAACAGAAUAUAAGAAUGAUCGAUUUUUUUCAAGGUUUAUCCUUAAAUGGCGCAAAAUUAUAUCAGACUAUGAAAGUAUUAAAGGGACUUCCGAUUUAUAAAACAUUUAAAACCGUGACAAAAUGAAAUAUGGAAUUAAUAAACUUUGAAGGAAGAGUGAUGUUUCCAAAGCGACUGUUCGUAUUACAAAAAGAUAUAAAGAGGGGAACAGCCAAGUCGAGUGAGAAGUAGACAUCAUAUUAAAGGUCAAAAUAAUUACCACAAUGAAUACUCGCAAAAUGUUUAAGCAAAACAAAAACUUAUACUAAAAGACAUAUACACAUAGUUCCUAUUUUGAAAAAAAAAACUAAUUUUAAAUCUAAAUUGUAAGGAAGGUAAUUAUUAUAUUAUUCUAUAUUAAGCGGCUGAUAUUCACUAGAAAAGAUUUACAUAGAUAACAGAAACU